AACAGUUGCAUGCUGGGGGUUAGAGAUGAAUGAAACAUAGAAAUAAACACUCAAAUAGCCAAAAAUGUAUUAAGUGCUGGAAACAAAAGCAAAACUCGAUAAUGAACUUAUAACAAGUUGAAACAGUGUCCGAAUAAGGAGGAAAAAUCGACCUUAGAGACUACAACUAGUGCACAGGCUCACCUUGGUUGAGUGGAUCUGUCAGCCGGGCGCUGAGGGAGUGCGGAGCCCCGGGCCAGGAUGUACGCGGUGUAUCGCCAGGCUCACCCCCCGACGGGGAUCGAAUUCUCCGUGUUCUGCAACUUCUUCUCCUCUGAGGAGAGGAACCUGGUGGUGGCCGGCACCUCUCAGCUCUACGUGUACAGGCUGGUCCAUGAUGUGGAGAGCGCAACCAAGACAGAAAAAUCAGCUGAUGGGAAGAGCCGUAAGGAGAAGUUGGAGCAGGUGGCGGCCUUCUCUGUGUUUGGCAACAUCAUGUCUAUGGCCAGCGUGCAGCUUGUUGGGGCAAAGAGAGACGCUUUGCUGCUGAGCUUCAAGGACGCAAAGCUGUCGGUCGUGGAAUAUGACCCUGGGACACAUGACCUCAAGACGCUUUCUCUGCAUUAUUUUGAGGAGCCAGAGCUGAGGGACGGAUUUGUGCAGAAUGUCCAUAUACCCAUUGUCCGUGUUGACCCGGAGAACCGCUGUGCUGUGAUGCUGAUCUAUGGUACCAGGCUGGUAGUGCUGCCAUUCAGAAAGGACACUCUGACGGAUGAACAAGAAGGCAUUGUGGGAGAAGGGCAAAAGUCCAGUUUUCUCCCCAGUUAUAUAAUUGAUGUGCGUGAACUGGAUGAGAAACUGCUGAACAUUAUUGACAUGAAGUUUCUCCAUGGAUACUAUGAACCCACUCUCCUGAUACUGUAUGAGCCCAACCAGACAUGGCCAGGACGUGUAGCAGUGCGACAGGACACCUGCAGCAUUGUGGCCAUCUCUCUGAACAUCAUGCAGAAGGUUCAUCCAGUUAUCUGGUCGCUCUCCAACCUGCCCUUUGACUGUACACAAGUCAUGGCUGUGCCCAAGCCUAUAGGUGGAGUUGUGGUGUUUGCCGUGAACUCCCUGCUCUACUUGAAUCAAAGUGUCCCUCCUUAUGGAGUUUCUCUCAACAGCCAGACAAAUGGGACAACAGCUUUCCCGCUGCGUAACGUCCUGACCACUUGUAUGAUGACGAUGGAGCCAGGAUAUCUGUUCCUGGGUUCCCGGCUGGGUAAUUCCUUGCUCCUUAAAUACACAGAGAAGCUGCAGGAGACUCCAAUUGAGGAGGGGAAGGAGAAGGAGAAACCAGAAGAGCCUCCAAAUAAAAAGAAGAAAGUUGAUGUGACUUCAAAUUGGACUGCCGGCAAGGCGGCCCUCCUGGACGAGGUGGAUGAGAUCGAAGUGUACGGCAGUGAGGCCCAGUCGGGAACACAACUGGCCACUUUCUCCUUUGAGGUGUGUGACAGCAUCCUGAACAUUGGUCCCUGUGCCAAUGCUUCGAUGGGGGAGCCUGCCUUCCUGUCUGAAGAGUUCCAGAACAACCCAGAGCCUGAUCUGGAGGUGGUUGUGUGUUCAGGUUACGGGAAGAACGGGGCUCUGUCGGUGCUCCAGAGAAGCAUCAGGCCUCAGGUCGUCACCACCUUUGAGCUGCCGGGCUGUCACGACAUGUGGACGGUUAUUUCUUCUGAGAAGAAGGAAGAAGCGCCUGAGGGAGACAGUGAGACCACCGAGGAGACGCAGCCUGAGCCAGCCCCAGAGGAGGACGACAAGAAACACGGCUUCCUCAUUCUGAGCAGAGAGGACUCGACCAUGAUACUGCAAACAGGCCAGGAGAUCAUGGAAUUGGAUACCAGUGGAUUUGCUACUCAGGGACCUACCGUCUAUGCUGGAAACAUCGGGGAUAACAAGUACAUUGUCCAGGUUUCCCCCAUGGGAAUUCGGCUUUUGGAAGGAGUAACCCAGCUGCACUUCAUUCCCGUGGACCUGGGCUCUCCCAUAGUGCACUGCACAGUCGCUGACCCUUACGUGGUGAUCCUGACUGCAGAGGGCCAGGUCACCAUGUUUGUCCUGAAAACUGACUCUUACAUGGGCAAGACCCACCGGUUGGCCCUACAGAAACCACAGAUCCACACGCAAUCCCGGGUCAUCGCGCUGUGCGCCUAUCGAGACGUCAGCGGCAUGUUCACCACUGAGAACAGGGUCUGCAGCACCUCCAAGGAGGAAACCACAGCCCGGAGCGUCUCGGAAACGGAGACCAUCAUCCAGGAUAUUGGUAACACAGUGGACGAUGAAGAGGAGAUGCUGUAUGGAGACUCCAACACUUUCUUUAGCCCCACCAAGGAGGAGCCUGCCCGCAGUACCUUGUUCAUCCACUCCUACAGGGAGGGCGCCCUUCUCAAACUUGAGCCCACACACUGGUGCGUGGCGGUGAGAGAGAAUGGAGUCAUGGAGAUCUACCAGCUCCCUGACUGGCGCUUGGUGUUCCUGGUGAAGAACUUCCCUGUGGGGCAGCGCGUGCUGGUGGACAGCUCCUCAGGCCAGUCUGCUGCUCAGGGGGAGGGCAAGAAGGAGGAAGUCACACGGCAAGGAGAAAUCCCAUUGGUUAAAGAGGUGGCCUUAGUGUCUCUAGGCAACCGCCAGACACGACCCUACCUGCUGGCCCAUGUUGACCAAGAGCUUCUCGUCUAUGAAGCCUUCUCUUAUGACCAGCAGCAGGGCCAGAAUAACCUGAAAGUGCGAUUCAAAAAGGUUCCCCAUAAUAUUAACUUCCGGGAGAAGAAGGCUAAGAUCUCCAAGAAGGAGAAGAAGUCUGAGGGUGGCCUAGGAGAGGAGGGGUCAGGAUUCAGAGGUCGGGUGGCCAGGUUCAGAUAUUUUGAAGACAUUUCUGGAUACUCUGGGGUGUUUAUCUGUGGCCCUUCUCCUCACUGGAUGUUAGUGACUUCACGGGGGGCUCUGAGGCUGCACCCCAUGACCAUCGAUGGCCCCAUCGAGUCCUUCUCCCCCUUCCACAACAUCAACUGUCCCAAAGGAUUCCUAUAUUUUAACAAACAGGGGGAGCUGAGGAUCAGUGUUCUUCCUGCCUACCUCUCCUAUGACGCUCCUUGGCCGGUCCGAAAGAUCCCCAUGCGAUGCACUGUGCACUACGUGACAUACCAUGUGGAAUCCAAGGUCUAUGCCGUGUGCACAAGUGUGAAUGAAAUAUGCACGCGCAUUCCCAGGAUGACCGGUGAAGAGAAAGAGUUUGAAGUCAUAGAAAGAGAUGAACGGUACAUCCACCCCAUGCAGGAGAAGUUUUCAAUCCAGCUGAUCUCUCCUGUUAGCUGGGAGACCAUUCCCAACACACGGAUCGACCUGGAGGAGUGGGAACACGUGACCUGUAUGAAGACGGUGGCCCUGAAGAGCGAGGAGACCGUGUCGGGCCUGAAGGGAUACGUGGCCGCAGGAACAUGUCUGAUGCAGGGCGAGGAGGUGACCUGCAGGGGCAGGAUCCUGAUCAUGGAUGUGAUAGAGGUCGUUCCUGAACCAGGACAGCCCCUCACCAAAAACAAGUUCAAGGUUCUGUAUGAGAAGGAGCAGAAGGGGCCAGUCACUGCCCUGUGUCACUGCAAUGGCUACCUGGUCUCUGCUAUUGGGCAAAAGAUAUUUCUGUGGAGCCUUAAGGACAAUGACCUGACGGGGAUGGCCUUCAUCGAUACCCAGCUCUACAUCCACCAAAUGCACAGCAUCAAAAACUUCAUCCUGGCCGCUGAUGUCAUGAAGAGCAUCUCUUUGCUGCGGUACCAGGAGGAGAGCAAGACUCUGUCUCUCGUCAGCCGGGAUGCCAAACCUCUGGAGGUUUACAGCAUUGAGUUUAUGGUGGACAACGGCCAGCUGGGAUUUCUAGUGUCCGAUCGGGACAGGAACCUGUUGGUGUACAUGUAUCUGCCGGAAGCGAAGGAGAGCUUCGGGGGCAUGCGGCUCCUGCGGCGAGCGGACUUCAACGUGGGCGCCCACGUCAACACCUUCUGGAGGAUGCCCUGCCGAGGAGCCAUGGAGGGGCCCAGCAAGAAGCUGCUGGCCUGGGAGAACAAGCACAUCACCUGGUUUGCCACGCUGGACGGUGGGAUCGGCCUCCUACUCCCCAUGCAAGAGAAAACAUAUCGCCGCCUGCUGAUGUUGCAAAACGCUCUGACCACAAUGAUCCCACACCAUGCGGGCUUGAAUCCCAAGGCUUACAGGAUGCUCCACGCUGACCGGCGCUCCCUGCAGAACGCGGUUAGGAACAUCCUGGACGGCGAACUUCUGAACAAAUACCUGUACCUCAGCACAAUGGAGCGCAGCGAGCUGGCGAAGAAAAUCGGAACCACCUCGGACAUAAUUCUGGAUGAUCUGCUGGAGCUGGACAGGGUGACGGCACACUUUUAAACAGCAAGCGCCUGGCUUCCCACCAUGUGGCUUCUUCCCACAACUCGUAUUACCACUGUACAAUUGUUUUCGACGCCUGAGUUUUUGUAGUAAUUGUGUUUAAAAAAAAAUUAACUUCAAGUGUUACAUUUGAUAUGGAAGACUAUUUUGUAAGCAGAUAUUAAAAAAAUUAACUAAAAUCCUGAA